AUGGGUAGUUAUAGGCGCGGCUGCGCGACGUUUUCCAGGCAAUUCUUUUGCAGCGCCAGCUUUUCGACAAACAGACGCCUAAGUGCGACAAACAAGUUGCUAUACGCUGGCAUUCUGAAUCCAGGCCGCAAGAACGGUCUGGGACCGAAAAAUCACCCUGAAAGUCCUCUAUACUCCAAGUAUGCCUCCGCCGCUCAAAUGAGCGGAGUUUCAAAGCCGUCCUUGACCGCCUCUACCACCGGGAUAGAAGCCUCAGGGGAUGAAGAUGCCUCCGAUAUGAAUGGAGAAGCAACAUCAAAUGGGAUACGCCAGAAUGCGAAGGACAAAGAAGGUACGUUCAAAGGAUAUCCUCUCAAGGGAACUGAGCAUGGAUUCAAGUACGAAAAGCAUGAACCAACCAUGUUUGGAGAUUGGACACAUAUGGGACGAGUCACUGAUUUUUAA